ACGGGAGAUAACUAUCAAAACACGAGGAUAGAAUGAAUUUUAAGUUAAAGAAACGCGACCAAUUUAAGGGUCGAAAGGGAAAAAUAUUAAGGAAACAGUUGUAUGGAUCCAAAAAGAGUAACCAUGAAGUUAUUGAUGAAGAAAUAAAGAAAUUGGAUCAAGCAAAAUCCGAGUUUGAUUCCAGUAAGGCAAACUUAUUUACAGACUUCCCAUUGAGCCAGAAAACUUUGAAGGGUCUGGCAAGCGGCAAGUUUGAAAAGCCUACAGACAUCCAAAGGGAGGCCAUACAUUUGGCUCUGAAUGGGAAUGAUAUCUUGGGAGCUGCAAAAACUGGAUCAGGAAAAACACUUGCCUUUCUUGUCCCUGUGCUGGAAUGCCUGUUCAGGGAGAAGUGGUCUCAGAAUGAUGGCCUUGGGGCCCUCAUCAUUUCACCUACCAGGGAGCUGGCAUUUCAAACGUUUGAAGUCCUCAAGAAAAUUGGAAAGUUCCAUGACUUCUCUGCGGGACUGGUUAUUGGUGGAAAACCCCUAAAAGAAGAGGCAGGUCGGAUCAAUCGUACCAACAUUGUUGUAUGCACGCCUGGCAGACUGCUACAGCAUAUGGACGAGACUUCGUAUUUCACCGCUGACUCCCUGAAGUUACUGGUGUUGGACGAGGCUGACCGUAUUCUGGACCUGGGGUUUGCACAGACCAUGAACGCCAUCAUCGAGAAUCUCCCCUCGGAGCGACAGACACUGCUCUUCUCAGCCACUCAGACCAGGUCAGUGAAGGAUCUUGCCCGACUCAGUCUACAUGACCCUGUGUUUGUGUCAGUGCAUGAGAACGCUUCCCAGAGUACACCAGUGCAGCUUGAACAGAACUAUGUGGUGUGUGAGCUGAAUGAGAAGAUGAACAUGCUGUGGUCCUUCCUCAAGAACCAUCUCAAGUCCAAGACCCUGGUCUUCCUAACCAGCUGUAAACAGGUACGCUAUGUGUUUGAGGCCAUGAAGCGCCUGCAGCCUGGUAUCCCCAUCAUGGCACUGCAUGGGGGCAUGAGCCAACUGAAGAGGGUUGAGGCCUACAACCACUUCCUCAACAAGCAGAGAGUCUGUCUGUUUGCUACGGACAUAGCUGCCAGAGGACUUGACUUCCCUGCAGUGAACUGGGUCCUACAGCUGGACUGCCCAGAGGAUGCCAACACGUAUAUCCACAGGGCGGGGCGCACGGCCAGGUACGAGAGGGACGGCCAAUCACUGCUGGUGCUGCUCCCCUCGGAGGAAGAGGGCAUGGUGAAACAGCUCGCUGACAAGAAGAUCCCUAUUGAGAAGAUCAGGAUAAACAGCAAGAAGCUGUACAGUAUACAGUCCAAGCUGGAGUCCAACUGUGCAGCAGAGCCAGAACUGAAGGAGAUGGCUCAGAGGGCGUUCAUGAGUUACCUGAAGUCUGUGUUCCUGAUGGGGAACAAGAAAGUAUUUGAUGUUCAUUCAAUCGACCUAGAACAGUUUGCCAGAUCACUUGGGCUUGCAUUAGCUCCAAAAGUGCGUUUUUUGAAAAAGGACCAGAAAAGAAAAGAAGAAAUUAUUUCAAAACAAUCAGUGCCUGAAGUGAACACACCAAAAAAAGCUUCAAAGUCAUCAACCCAAAAGACUUCAGAACCAGUUGAAAGUAGUGAUGAAGGUGAAAGUGGAUCUUCAGACGAGGAGGUUAACAUGAGAUCUUCUGUGAAAAAUAGAAAGGAGGUGCACAAACAUCAUAAUGAAGAAGACAGUGAGUCUGAUGACAAUUCUGAGGAAAGCGAUUUCUCUGAGACUGAAACACCUAAAACUAUAAAUGUGAAGAAUGCAAAAUUAAAAGCUAAAACUGUGACUAAAAUUGCAGAAAAAAGAAGUAAGACGAACUUAGUCAAAGAAUCAGAUAGUGACAGUGAUGAAAGUGAUAAUGAUGGAAGUGAAAAUUACUCUGAAAGUGAGGAUGAUGAUAAUGAUGAUGAUGAUGAGGAGGAUAGCAGCUCUGAGAGUGAAACUGAAGCCAAGAAGGGUGGUGGCAGUGGUACUUUCAGGUUUGACAUCGAUGCCAAGGAUGAUGACCUGUUUAAAGUGAAGAGGAAUGUGGACAUUGACAAAGUAUUAGAAACAGUGCCUGGUGAUCCUAAUGAGGGCCCGACGUCUAAGAAGUCAAAGAAGAAGCUGAAGGGAGUAGACAAGGAGAAAUUGGCCAAGAAAUUGAUCAGAAAGAAGAUCCUGGUUAACAGCAAGAUAGUUUUCAAUGAGGAGGGACAGCCUGAGCUGGACCCCCACAAGGUGCCUCAGGUGGACAUGGAGACCUCUAAUGCUGGUGGAAUCAACAUUGACCUCGCCAGGCAACGCAUGCAGCAGGAGGACAAGAUUGAUAAACAGAUCUUCCGACAGAAGAUAAAGCAGAAACACAGGGAGGAGCGGUUGAAAAGGAAGGAGGAAAACCGUGCAAGGAGCGGACGGGUUGAAAAUGACGAGGAAAUGGAGGUCAGGCUGCCCUCUGAUGGUGAUGAUGACGAUGUUGAUCCGUUAUCAUUUCUACCUGACCCAGAUGAGGAUCAUGGGAAGAGAAAUUCUGAUGAGUCAUCUCUGGAGGACGAAGAGUGGGAGGGACCUGCAAGCAAGAAAAGAAAGUUGCAAUUAAAAUCAUCGGGGAAGAAGAACACUGUUCAAAGAUCCAGUGAUGAUGAUGAAGAUGAUGAGGAUGUUGAAAGUUAUGAAGAAGAAGAAGGGGAUGAUGACGAUGAUGAGGAGGAGGAGUGUAAGGAUGUAAUGGAUACUGAACUGUCUUUGAGAGAUGAUGAGGCAAUAGCCUUGAAACUACUGCAAGGCAGAUGAAAUAUAAAUGCACUGUGUAACAAAAUAAAAUGUUAUUGAAUGCCA